GGGGAAGUGGUCUGCUCGGGCUGGCUGCGCAAAUCGCCGCCGGAGAAGAAGUUGAGGCGAUACGCAUGGAAGAAACGAUGGUUCAUCCUUCGCAGUGGCCGCAUGAGUGGAGACCCAGAUGUGCUGGAGUAUUACAAGAACGACCAUUCCAAGAAGCCGUUGCGUGUGAUCAACCUCAACUUCUGUGAGCAAGUGGAUGCCGGCUUAACCUUCAACAAGAAGGAACUGCAGGACAGUUAUGUCUUUGACAUUAAGACCAGCGAAAGGACCUUCUAUCUUGUUGCUGAAACGGAGGACGACAUGAACAAGUGGGUUCGCAGCAUUUGCCAGAUCUGCGGAUUCAACCAAUCGGAAGAGAAUACAGAUUCUUUAAGAAACAUUCCUGCCGUCAGUCACGGACCGCGUUCAUCCCCGGCCGAGCUCAGUGGCUCCAAUCAGCGGCUGCUGCGAGAACGGAAGUCGUCCGCUCCUUCGCACUCGAGCCAACCCACCCUCUUCACAUUUGACUCCCCCUCUAAUCACAUCCGGACCACCCUUUCAGCCAGCGCCCCGCAAGACUAUCUCUUCCUGCACCAGUGCAUGAGCAAGAAAUCGGAGAACACCAGGAGCGCUAGUUUCUCUCAAGCCACGAGAUCCUCGUUCUUCAUGAGAAGCGACCCAUCUGUUCAGAAGCUCUCUCAGGGCAACGGGCACUGUGUCAAUGGGACGGGCGGACAGGUCCAUGGCUUCUACAGCUUGCCCAAGCCCAGCCGACACAACUCAGAGCUCAGGGACAGUGCCUACGACCUCCCGAGGAGUUUCGGAUGCUAUGCCCACACCAAGUCCAGCCUCACGGGCUCCGAGACGGAUAGCGAGGAGGUCUAUACCUUUAAGACCCCCAACAAUACCCUUUGCAAGGACUUUGGAGAGCUCUCCACAGACUGCUAUGACGUCCCCGGCACCCCUUUGUCAAUUUAUCAGAUCCCAAGGACAUUCACGCUGGACAAGAACCACAAUGCCCUGGCCGUGGCCUCCAGUGAAACUCCUGCCACACCUCCUCCUAGGCCUCCGAAGCCAGGGCAGGCGGAGUCACGGUGGGGCAGUUCCCAACAGCGUCUGCUGGACAGCGAAGGCCUAGGCGUGGGCCCGGUGGCUGCUACCAUUCCCAGAAGGAACACGCUGCCGGCUGUGGAGAACUGCAGGUUGCACCGAGCUUCUUCCUGCGAGACGUACGAAUAUCCCCAGCACAGCAGCGGUGCUGCAGUUCAGUCUGCGGAGUCUGUGAAUGUCGGUCUCAAUUCAUAUCUGCAAAACAAAUCGACGGUGGCUCGCUCCCACAGCGCUGACUCGGAGGACAACUACGUCCCCAUGAACCCGGGUUCCUCGAUCCUGCUCAACAUGGAGAGGUCGAAUGACAAUUCCCAACAGCUCUACAUCCCUAUGAGCCCUGGGCCUCAUCACCUGGAUGUGAUGGGCCUGUCGUCUUCUAAUUUCCCAGUUCAUAAAGGCAGCAGCAGUUCCCAGCUACAUCGGCGGAUGAGUGAAAUCCAGCCCCCACCCGUCAACCGCAACCUCAAACCAGAUCGCAAAGCAAAGCCAACACCUCUGGACUUGAGGAACAACACAGUCAUUGACGAGCUUCCCUUUAAAUCGCCCGUCACUAAAUCCUGGUCGAGGCCCGGCCAGACUUUCAACUCCAACUUUUCCCAGUACUGUCGUCCCAUCUCUACCCAGAGCAUCACCAGCACGGACUCAGGAGACAGUGAAGAAAAUUAUGUAGCCAUGCAAAACCCAGUCUCUGCAUCUCCCAUUCCCAGCGGCACCAACAGCCCGGCCAUGAAAAAGAGCACAGGAAGUGUCGAUUACCUGGCCCUGGAUUUCCAGCCGAACUCACCUAGCCCGCACAGAAAGCCUUCCACGUCGUCGGUGGCCUCAGACGAGAAGGUCGACUAUGUCCAAGUUGACAAGGAGAAGACGCAAGCCUUGCAGAGCACCAUGUUGGAAUGGACCGACGUCCGGCAGUCUUCAGAGCCCACCAAGGCAGUGAAGCAGUAACGGCGGGAGGUAGAUCGGAGUCGAAGGGGAAGCCUUCCGGAAGGGCAGAGACCCAAUAGUUCCACGCACCAAGGCUCGUUUUUCUGCCGUCGUUAUACGACGGAGGAGGAUGGGGGAGAGUUUGGCUUUGGAAGCAAACGUAACUUCAGGGGAAGACACGGCUGAUACCGUGUGCCCGUGCUAAAGGUGCCUGGACUCCUGCUGUUGUUGAUUAGCUGCUGGAUAAAUUACCUGAGAAAUUCAACAUAGCAAUACUGGGAUUGUUGACUCCCCGCAUGCUUGCAAUCAUUGCUGAAUCCACUGCUGUCACCAUCUUCACCAACCGAUGUCCAUUUGGUGGAAUUCCAGCCUUCUUCUGGAAGCUUCCACCUCACCCUCGCCUUCCUCUUCCACCUCCUGACCUUUCGCAGAAAACAAUGGCCAACUGUUGGCAGUAACGCUGUUCGAUUUUCAAUGAAACAUUGUCUUUUGGCGUUCGGUGUCAAUUGCAGGCAUUCGUGUCUCUAAAGCACUUAAAGGAGUUUUCCUCGUGGGGACAGGAGCGGAGGAAAACGAUCAUUGCUCCCUGUCAUAUAUCAGCAUCUUGAAAAAUGGAUGUUUGCGUGAGCUGAAAAUA